AUGAGUGAUCCAAUGCAGAAUUUUAAUAGCGAAGCACAAUAUAUUUCAGAUACUUCUGAUGAAUAUGCUUCUGAUAACCCAGAAUCUUCAACAACUAAUCAAAAAAAAAGAAAAUUUACUGGAGGUAAAAAAGAUGAAGUAUGGAAUGAUGUUAUUAAAGAAAAUUAUCCUGAAGUUAUUUUAAAUACUAAUGUGUUUGAUUUACUACAAAAUGAGGAAUUUUAUUCUAAAUGCUGCCAAAUUGCAUUUAUUCUCAAGCCAAUAAAAGAAUUAACUAAUAUUCUUGAAGCACCAAAUACAAAUUUAGCAGAAUGUUUUAUUGGUUUAAUAAGACUUGCUACGGAAGCUUUAAAUCAAAUAUAUAAAACAGCAUCAGUUAUUUGGUACAAUUUUAAGUAUCCUGAAUCAUCGUGUUUAAGUCUUUUAUCAGAAAUGAGAGCAUGGAAACGAAAUGAAGCUCCAUAUAAUCUAAGCUAUAAUCAACAAGAAGAAACACCAAUGAAAUGGUGGUUAACUAAUGAAUUGCGACUUUAUGGUAAAGAUAUAAGUGAAAAAGAGUUAAAAGAAAACUUAAAUAAUUUUGUAAAUAUCCAACAACCCGAUAAUUUAGAAAUUGCAGAAGAAAGUAAUGAUGAUAUACAACAGAUAUUAACUAACAAUUUAAAUAUUAAUCGAAUCAUUGAUUUAUCAUUACCUGAGUUUUUAUCUACCAAUAACAUUUUAUUUGAAUCAGCUAUUAAUAGAUUAUCUUCAUAUGAGAGGGGUUAUAAUUCAGAAAAUAGAGAAUACGAUCCUAUUGAUUUAGCACAACAAAUAAUAGAAGUAGAAAAUAAUGAAUUAGAUAUUUAA